CUUCUCUAUUCAGUUUCAUAAUAUUAGUUCAAUUAGGGUUAGCAAAUGGGGCAUUUUAGUGAUUUUUAUUGGUUUCACUUUCUGUAUGCCAGACCCAGAUGUAUUUUAGUGGCUUGAAGCAUCAAGAAUAAUAAAAUCUUCGCUCAUAGAAGAAAAAAAAUUGAUAUUUAAUAAGAUUAUAGUAGGUUAGGCUUUCUUCAAAGCUUAGGGUAUAUGUGCGAGGGCCAAAGGGCAGGAAGAUGAAGACAAUCUCUGGACAUUGUGUUUCGGUAAAAGACAUAUCAGUUUCAAAAGCAGCUAAAAUUCUCACAAAGUUUGUCUCUGCUGACAAUGGUGCUUCUCAUGUCAUCAAUGCAUAUCUCCACCGAGCUUCUGCAUCUUUCAAUGAGCUCAAGCAGCUCCACAAGGAGCUUGGGUCAUCUCACUCUCAUAAGAAACACAAAAGGCACAGAACAGAGAAUGGCAAUGGCAGUGGGAAGGUAGUGGAAAAUUCUGUUCAGAGUGUUGAUAUUAACAAGGAGCUCAGCAUUGGGCAUGUGAAAUCUGAUCUGUUCAAAAGGCAACAAACUGGCAGUGGGAAUGCUGAUCAAGAUGAUGAAAAUUUUAGUCAAGAACUUGAUGGUUUUAUUGGGUAUCAAACUGAAAAUGUGGAUGGGGGUGAGAUGCAUAAGAAGAAGAAAAAGAAGAAGCAGGAAGUUGAGUCCUUGCACGACAUAGAUAGCACCGUUAAAUUUGGAGUGAGGGAAGCUGAUGGAAAGCUACCUAAUGGAUCCCAAAAUGAAGUUGAGUCAGCCAGAGAACAGGGAAAUGAAGGCGACAUCAAGACGGGGAUGGAAGAGGGAAGGAAACAGAAAAGUGGAAAGAAGCCCAAAGUAACUACUAGUAGUUUUUCCAGUUAUAAGGGUGAGGCUGAGAAUGGAAAAGAUCUAGAACAACGAAAAGAGAUGGAAAAAACAUUAUGCAACAGCUUGGAGGGUGAAAAUGGAGUGCUUGGUAGUUCCCAGUAUUUACAAAUCAAGAAGAAAAAGAAAUACAAGAAAGGAAGCGAGACUAAAUUAUAUGCUGAAGAGGUAAAGUUGGAGCAAAGUAAGAAUAGGAGAAGUGAUGAUGCAGAAGGGAGACCAGAAGAUCCAACUGGGGAUUUGUCCAAGAAGAAAAGGAAAAAGACACACAACGGUGAUAUUUAAAUUUAGGUGUUUUAUAAACUCACUUGAUAGUUGUUUAAUCCUUUUUCAAAUUGUUGAGGGAUUUGCACUUGUACAAUUGAUUACAUUGCGGCAUCAAUUUUUUAUCUAUCAAUCAUCCAUGUAGUCUUACAAAUGUGGCUGCAUUCAAAAUAUUGAUUGCAAUCAUCAGCUGUUGGUGAUACUAAAUUAAUUGGUUAGACUGUAGAGCAAUGACCACUCACCAGGGGUUUUGGCUCUUAGAGUUUACAUAUUUGUUAGGUAAUUACUUUUGAUUUAUUGACAUUAGUUGUCUAGAUCUGGGGAAAUUUGUUGUAACUGCUGCAGAAUUUUCACUAGGUUCAUCGGAAAACCAAUUUAGAGGCUUGCUAUUUUAAUUA